AUGGUGACGAUGCGCAGGCCGUGGCCCGCCAUGGCCGCAGUGCUUCUGGCCCUGCUCGUCUGUCUGGGGGCGCUGGUUGACGCCUACCCCACCAAACCCGAGGCUCCUGGUGAAGACGCCUCCCCGGAGGAGCUGAGCCGCUACUACGCCUCCCUGCGCCACUACCUCAACCUGGUCACCCGGCAGCGGUAUGGGAAACGCUACAGCCCGGAAACGCUCCUCUCAGGACUACUCCCCGACGGCGAGGACCGCCCCGUCAAGUCGCGGUAA